GUCCACCUCUGAAGAUGACAUGUCAUCUUACAACACAGUGGCCAAAUUUCUUCUCGAGUGUUUCACACGGAUCCCUGCCAGAACCUGCCAACUUCUUUUGCAGCAGGUGUUUUUGGAGCCUUUCUCCCAUGUCUUGGGUCAAGCAAAGUCCAAAAAGGUCCUGCUUACUGUGGCUCAAUCUGACGUGAAGUACCUUAACUGUGUACAUCGGCUGGGACUCGUCCUGGGUAUCACAGAGUGGGGGAAGGACUACCAGAAAAAAAUGAACCAACCACAGAACCCAACUGAGCAGAGGCACUCACCACCCUUAGACUACACCAAGUCUAAUCUGAUGGAUUCUGAGAGCAGCAGUGCAUCAGCUCUGAGUGAAUGUGGUGAUCUUGACCUUGAGGAUCAUUCUGACCACAGCCUACAACAAGUUGACGGUGACCAAGGAGAUGCUGAGGAGGAAGACGAUGAAGAGUUUUAUGAGUUGUCUUCUGUGCCCAAAGCAGAGACCUCCAGCUUUGAAACAGAAGGAGCAUGUGGGGAGGAACACGCUGUGGUAUCAGAUAGUAACGAAACAGACUCUUUUCUCAGUGAGUCAGAAGCCACAUUAAGUAUCCAAAGAUCCAUCAUUGAGGACAUCAGGAAAAAUGAGUUUGGCAUUGGUGUGGAGUUGACUGCUGAAAGCCAGAAGCUGAUGGAGGUCCACCAGGAGAGACUGGGCCGGAGCUUGGACCGACUCUCCACUGAACUCUACAGCAAAGACACACACUUUGUCCUGGAACUCAUUCAGAAUGCAGAUGACAACAGUUAUCCAGCGGACCCGGGUUUUGUCCCAUCAUUGGCCUUUGUAGUGGAGAGAGACUGCAUCACUAUUCUCAACAAUGAGACUGGAUUUCAGGAGACGAACAUCAGGGCCAUCUGUGAUGUAGGUCGCAGCACUAAAGGCAAACACAAAUAUGGAUACAUAGGACAAAAGGGAAUCGGCUUUAAAUCAGUGUUCAAGGUCACAGACUGUCCUGAGAUUCACUCAAAUGGUUUUCAUUUGCACUUUGACAAGACCUGUGGCCCCAUGGGAUACAUCCUCCCCCACUGGACUGAAGACGAGAGACCCAUGGACACACAGCUGAGUGAUGUCACCAAGCAAAGCUGGACCACUAAGAUCUGCCUUCCUCUUCGCUCUGAGUGCCAUCAGACCAGAAAUCUCUUUCACGACGUGCACCCCUCUCUGCUGCUAUUUCUGCACCGCCUGCGCUCCAUCACCAUCUACAGUCAGAGUGAGAAGCGCCUUAUGGCAAUGACCCGUAAAGACUUGAGUCACAAUGUUCUGGAGGUGGAGCACACAGAGGGCACAGAGCGCUGGCUGGUGGUCAGAUGCACUUUGCAGCCCCGUAAGAUUAAAGAUGAUGUUGAGUCCACUGAGCUCGCCCUGGCUUUCCAGCUCGGCAGUGACAUCACAGGAAGCGAUACCAUUUGUCAGCCUCAGAAACAGCCCGUGUUCGCCUUCCUGCCCCUUCGCAGUUUUGGCUUUCGCUUCAUUAUCCAAGGUGACUUUGACAUCCCUUCUUCUAGAGAAGAUGUAGACAGAGACAGCUCGUGGAACCAGUGGCUUCGAUCUGAGAUACCCCAACUCUUCCUCCAGGCCAUGGAUGUCUUCACUGACCACCCAGAGUUCAGUGGGCUAAAGGGUCUUUGCCACUUCCUCCAGUUUGUCCCUUUGCCAGAUGAGGUGUUGGAUUUUUUCAAGCCUGUUGCUGGGCAGAUUAUACAGUUGCUGAAAGGCAAAGCCUUUCUGCCUACACUUAGCUCAGGUGGCAAAGUUGUCUACAAGCUGCCGUCCCAGGUGGCCAUCUGUCAGGAUGCUGUGAUCCGCGAUGUGAUUGGCGUAGAUGAGCUCGACAGGCAUCUGUCUCUGUCUUAUCUCCACCCCAGUCUUCAUCCUGCCCCGCCCGCCCCUCUGCUCACUCACCUGGGAGUGCGAAACCUGAGGGGAUCUGAUGUCACCGCGGUAACCACAGCCAUGGCCAAGGAGUUGAUGCAAGUAGAAGGCAUCCAUUCAAAUGCUGGCCUGCGUCAAUUGGCCAGGUUGCUAGUUUGCAACUUUCGUGCACUGGAGCACGGCUAUGGUGAGGAAGAAUCCAUCCUGCAGGCUCUGAGGGAUCUACCCAUAAUCCCACUGGCCGAUAAGCGUUUGGUGGCACUGGGCCAGGAGGAGGUGUUCUUCCCAAUGGAAGAAACCAAGAGCAAGAAAAGGACUGCUCAGUCUCAGAAUGGACCGCUGUCUGCAUUGUACAAGGACAUCAGCGUAGUUCAUCCGUCUCUGCUGAGCUGUGUGGAGCCUCUAGAAGGUCAUCAGGUCCGAGAGCUACUAAAAAGGCUCGGCGUUCAUGAGCUGGAGCCUCGGGAGUUGCUGGAGAAGCAUAUCUACCCUUCACUACGCAACAACAAGUGGAAGUCUAAGCCGGACGCUGUGGUGGUGAGUUACCUGGUGUUCAUGAAGCAGCACAUCUCCUCCAGCCAGGAGUGCAUGGAUACAGUUCCCGUCCUCACCAGCAGAGGUCUUCUUUGCCCGUCACAAGACAGAGUGCAUUUCUCUGAAGAGUACGGCAACGUCAACCUCCCAGAGAAACUGCCAGGCUGUGAUUGGGUUUUGCUGAGUCCCUGCUACCUGCAGACAGACGGCGAUUUGGCAGGAUGGAGAUCGCUGUUCACCGAACUGGGAGUCAGAGACGGUCUCAUUAUCCGCAAAGAAAGACGAACGCUCACUGCCGAGGAGCUGGCCUCCAGCCCCUGGUCAGAGGAAAGUGCAAAUUGGCAACAAAAUUCUGAGGAGGGGGUCUGUGUGCUGGAUGACUACAACUGCGAGGAGUUCCACGCUCUGGCCACAGCUCAACUGCCUGACUUCAUCCUCCUGGAGCAGAGACGAGCCUUGUUGGAGUUACUAGCAACUAACUGGGACACCGGGUACCACUACUCUCAGUAUGACACAGCCCACGUGAUUGAUUGCGAUGGACGACCGAUCAGGAACACAAAAUCCUCCUUCUUCCUUUUCAUGCGAAAUUUGCAGUGGGUGCCGGCUUAUUGGCAGCUGGAAGGAGAUACACAGGAGACAAAGUACCUCUGUCCCAAUUCAGUCUACCUGACCUCACCUGAGGUGACCGACGUUCUGGGGACACACGUUUAUUACGUGAAUGUACAGCCCAGCAAGUUCAGCAGAGACCUAGGAAUGAGGCACAGCAUCUCCGUGGAAUCUCUGAUUCAUUACCUGAAGGAAUGGGGUAUGAAACACAAAGGAGACACUCAGGAGUGGAGACAUCUCCGGGACGAGUCCAAGCAGUCUGAUUUUACUUCGACGGUGCAGCACAUCCACAGUGUCUACACCUACUUGCAUACGAACUGUCCCCAGAGCAGCCUUAAGGAGCUCUUCCAGCACACACCUGUUGUAUUCAUAGUUCACAGCAAGCGUGCGGAUAACUGGUGUUCAGGACGCUUCUACCUCCUGAAGGAGGUGUGCUGGAGUGAACCCACAACGCUGUUUCAUCGCUACAAGAUGCUCACUCAAGGACCGGAGAGCUGCGUCCAGCAGCCCAGAAUCCUGGCGCCUUUCUACAGCCCGCUGGAGGGCAUGAGAGACUUCUUCACCAGACUGCUGAAUGUGGAUCCCAGCCCCAAUAUGAAUCAGUAUGUAGGCUUGCUGGAGAUGAUCUGUUCAUCGGCUCCCAUUCCGACGGCUAACGUGCUUCAGGAUGUGUCGCUGAUCUACGCCACACUCGCUCAGAAGUGUAAAAUUCAACUACAUGGGGACAGAGAAAACAUUCCAUCACAGGCUGUGCUCAAUUCCAGUUACUGUUCCACUUUGAGAGGUAUGGUUUCUGACAAAAAGGUCUUCCCCACCAAAGACAACAACUGGGUCACUCUGGGACGUAGACCCAUGAUUUCCGACAGCAAGGAGCUGGACAAGAUCUUUAAACCUCACAAGCAGGUCUGUCUGCUCAACUUGCCACCUGCUGAGAAGAAGACUGCCCACAAGACUGCUGGUCAGCCAGCGGCUGGGGAACGAUCCAAUAGCAUGCCCGUCUUCAGGGAGCAGGAUCGAACCUUGUUUCUGGAGGACAUCUGCGGCAUCCGUCGGCUGUCCCAGUGCGUCCAGACUGAGCCUCAAACUGAGAACCUCAGGCCGUGUCCCACCAUGCAGGCCAUGGUGCGCUCACUGGUGCCCUACAUCCAGAGGUUCCUCUACCACCACGAGGAGCUGGCUGACGUCUACUCCGAGCUGCUGCACGACGACAUCGGAGCGAAAGUCAAGCGGCUCUACUUUGGACAGGUAGGAAAGCUGUACAUUCGUUACCAGCUGGAUGUCACAGACAGUGAAGAUGCUGUGGUGGAGCUGCAGGAUGUGAUCUGUCUGCUGAAGGACAAGAAGGAGCUCUACAUCCAGAAAGAUCACCUUUUCAGCAAAGCUUGACAUCUGCAGAGAGCUGGUGACACUGUUCUGCACAGAAAAUCACCACAGGAAAGAGCUAAUGCACUUCCUGAGUGGCCUGAUAACGUCACUCAAU